AAAAACAAUAACAACCAUUUCGAUGUUUCAAUGAACAAAUUGUGUGUGCCGGGUGCCUAGUAGAAUCCUAUUUGAACGUUGUUCGAUGAUUUCUAGUCCGGAAUUGUUAUUCAAAUCCUGGGAUUCAGGACGAUGGACUACAGAGCGAUGAAUGAAUCCUGCCAAUGUCCACGGUGUCGGUGUGAAAUUCGUUUGCCCAAUCAGCCGAUGCCCUGCCAACAGAAAUGUUUCCCGGAGAAAUAUGUGAUGCGUGGUUCGGAGCAACGUCCUAGCUGGCAGAAGAGAUCAGAUCCUCAGGAAGUUUUUCAGAAUUUUUCCCAAAGAAAUCCUCAAACACUUUCUCGGGAAUCUGCUCAGAUUUGGAGUUUCCAGCCUCCUCCAAACUGUUUCUGUGGGCAGCAACCUCCGUCGAGAGCUCAGCCAAACUAUUCUCAGCAAUUUUCCAAGGAAUAUUCCCAGCAGUUUUUACCCAGUCCUACUCAGCAGUGUACCCAGCAAUCUCCUUGCAUUUCUUGUUGUGGCCAACAAAAUCGGCAGAACUGCUUUCAGCCACCCUGUGCAAACUGGUUAAGACCGUGUUGCGUAACCCACGAAGUUGGCGUUCAAACGGACGAGGUGGAGUGCGAUAUCGAGAUCAAGCCGGAGUACAUCGCGAUCACCGACUUCACCACAAAGGAGGUGGAGGUGAAGCAUCGCACUGGGAAGACGGAGACUAUCAUCGAAACGGUUCAGUCUGUCACCCAUUUCCCAGUGACGGAAACUCAGUACCUUAGGGAUACUGACAAGGCCAUAGAAGAUGAUGUGGUUCCCAAUGGAGUUCCCAAUCGAGCCAUGAGGAACUCCGAGCUGCAGCCCAUGCUGGAGUCGAUUAGGGCGAAGGUGCCAAAAUCUGAGCGUAAAAGUACAAUGGAGGAGCUAGUCUACCAUGAGUAUGCGAAGAGCGAGCGCGACUUUAAUGACCCUAAGGCCACGGUAGAGAAGACUAUCCUCAAGGACUUGCCCGAACCCCAAUCGAAAUCCAGACCGCCCAGCUAUACACCACCUUCUUCCCGACAGCCCAGCGGGGAUACAUCCCAACCAAGGUCAGUAAAUGACGAGCCUAAAGCGACGGUAGGGAAGACAAUGUUCAAGGAUAAGAGCCCGGUGGACUCGCCCGACUCGCCCCAAUCGAAAUCCAGAUCAUCCAGCUAUAUUCAGCCUCCUUCCCGACUGCACAACGAGGAUCAAUCCCAGGCACCACUACCAAGAGCCAUUUCUUCGAUUUCGCAGGAAGACCCACCACUUGUCAAGGAUGAAGAUGAAAGUAGUGACAGCAGUUCGACAGAUAUCGAUGCACAUGAACAUAAGGACUCAAUAGAGAAGGAGAAGAUAGUUGUACCCGCCGGCUCUGACAUCGUGAGUACCGUGCAUGUGAAGGUCACGAAUAGAAAGGAGGCAUCAGUGAAGCAACAUCAUGACCGGGAGCCCAAGAAAACGGCGAUCUUCGAGAGCAGCGUGUCCCAGGUGCUGAUAAAGAAAAAACCGGAAGAAAAAAAACCUGAGGAAAAAAAGCCGGAAGUGAAAAAGCCAGAAGAAAAAAAACCGAAGCGCCCACCACCCAAAGUUGAAGUGAAGCUGGGCUAUCCGCCAAACGACUUGGUCUGCAGAUACGCCAAUCCUCCGGUAUGCAGACCCACCAGCGGCAGCACCAGAUGUCCUCGUCCGCAGUCCAUCUCCUGCAAUAAAUGUCCUUCCUGUCCUCCAUGUCCGCCCAGCACAAGACAAUGCGAUCCCAUCUACGGUUUUGGCAGCACGUGUGUCGGAUACUAUUGUCUAUAAAACAGGUCCUAUAUAACAAGUGCCCAACUAACUCUCCUCACAAACAAUAAAAUAUUUUAAAAACCCGAAA